CCUGGCCGCCAUGUGUCCCCAGAGCCUGAGCCUGGCUGGGCUGGGCAGUGACCCGGGCAGCUCUGUGGCCAUGGAUGUGUUCCAGAAGGUAGAGAAGAUCGGAGAGGGCACCUAUGGGGUGGUGUACAAGGCCAAGAACAGGGAGACAGGGCAGCUGGUGGCCCUGAAGAAGAUCAGACUGGAUUUGGAGAUGGAGGGGGUCCCAAGCACUGCCAUCAGGGAGAUCUCCCUGCUUAAGGAACUGAAGCACCCCAACAUUGUCCGACUGCUGGACGUGGUGCACAACGAGAGGAAGCUCUAUCUGGUGUUUGAGUUCCUCAGCCAGGACCUGAAGAAGUACAUGGACUCCACCCCAGGCUCAGAGCUCCCCCUGCACCUCAUCAAGAGCUACCUCUUCCAGCUGCUGCAGGGGGUGAGUUUCUGCCACUCACAUCGGGUCAUCCACCGAGACCUGAAGCCCCAGAACCUGCUCAUCAAUGAGUUGGGUGCCAUCAAGCUGGCUGACUUCGGCCUGGCUCGAGCCUUCGGGGUGCCCCUGCGCACCUACACCCACGAGGUGGUGACACUGUGGUAUCGCGCCCCCGAGAUUCUCUUGGGCAGCAAGUUCUAUACCACAGCUGUGGAUAUCUGGAGCAUUGGUUGCAUCUUUGCAGAGAUGGUGACUCGAAAAGCCCUGUUUCCUGGUGACUCUGAGAUUGACCAGCUCUUUCGUAUCUUUCGUAUGCUGGGGACACCCAGCGAAGACACAUGGCCCGGGGUCACCCAGCUGCCUGACUAUAAGGGCAGCUUCCCUAAGUGGACCAGGAAGGGACUGGAAGAGAUCGUGCCCAAUCUGGAGCCAGAGGGCAGGGACCUGCUCAUGCAACUCCUGCAGUAUGACCCCUGCCAGCGGAUCACAGCCAAGACUGCCCUGGCCCACCCAUACUUCUCAACCCCCGAGCCCUCCCCGGCCACCCGCCAGUAUGUGCUGCAGCGAUCCUGCCAUUGAGAAUGUCAAGGCCACACUCAGAUCCUCUCUCGAGCAGCUGCUGCCCCCACUGCGUCCUACCCAUUGUCCAGAGAGGAUGCAUCUGGGGAGAGCAAAGCACUAAGGAAUUUAGCAUCAGCCUGCAGAGGGCUGAGUCUGGGUUAGUCCCGCCUGCAGGUUAGCGAGAUCCUGUGUUGUUUUUUGGGUUUGACAGUGCCGUUUCAAAAUAGAGGCACAGAUGCUCCAUGCACGAGGGGUCCCCGGGCACUGGAACAAGUGCCAAGUUGAAGGCAGGGGGCCUGCCAGAGCUGGGUGUGGGUAUUCAGGCCCUCACCUGCCCCGCCUGCAGGGCCAGACCCUGAGGAAAGGGCGCCCCCUGCUGGUCUUUUUGGAUUUAAAAUGUUUGGGGGAAGAGUUGAGUUCCAGUUCAGAGCCCCAAGUUAAACAGGAGGGAGUGAGGGAGAGGAGAGAGGGCAUUCCCCGGAUCCCAGGAGAGCUGGGCUAUGGCUGCACUAAGGAGUUGUUCCUUCACCUGAGAUGUGCUUCUUUUGGUUCAUUUCUGGCUUGACAACAAGAAAUAAACGUGGUAUGUUCCUGAG